CAAACCGAUGCCGGUUGUAAGCAAGAGCAGCGGUGCGGUGCGCUGAUCUUUAGUAAGGCGUGAAACUCUCGUCCAGCCGGUUCAAUUAUCGCUGAUUGAGCUCCGUUCUAUCGCAAGUGUAGUUAGGUAGGUAUAGUGAUGAGUUUACGUUGUUUGUUAUUCUGUCUGGUGAUAUGGCUUCAUUCUGCGACUGGCGACGUCGAGGAGAAUGAAGUUGGAAAGUACGAACCAACAUGGGCCAGCCUUGAUUCGCGGCCACUUCCGCAGUGGUACGACGAUGCAAAGGUUGGAAUCUUCUUGCAUUGGGGUGUCUAUGCCGUGCCAAGCUUUGGAUCGGAGUGGUUCUGGAUUAAUUGGCAGGGGUAUAAAUAUGAUAACUAUGUGGAUUUCAUGACAAAGAACUACAAACCGGGUUUCACAUAUCAGGAUUUCGCUAGUGAUUUCACUGCUGAACUGUUCAAUGCAACGGAAUGGGCCUUACUGUUUGCCCAAUCUGGAGCUCGUUACGUGGUUCUCACCAGCAAGCAUCACGAAGGAUUCACCUUGUGGCCUUCAAAGUACACGUACAGUUGGAAUUCGGUUGACGUAGGUCCUCACCGGGAUAUCGUCGGAGAACUCUCUACUGCCAUCCGGAACAAUACCAAGCUCACCUUCGGUGUCUACUAUUCGCUAUUUGAGUGGUUCAAUCGCCUCUACAAUGCAGAUAAGCUUCAUGCUUUCCUCAAACACGACUAUGUAGACUUUAAGGUGUGGCCAGAGUUGAAAGAGCUGGUCACCAAGUACAAACCGGAGGUUCUUUGGAGCGAUGGUGAUUGGGAAGCUCCAGAUGGUUACUGGAAAGCGAAGGAGUUCUUUACGUGGUUGUACAACGAAUCCCCUGUUAGGAACACGAUAGUGACCAACGAUCGAUGGGGCAUUGGAACACUUUGCCUACAUGGAGACUUCUAUACCUGCUCCGAUCGGUACAAUCCAGGUGUCCUCCAGUCGCACAAGUGGGAGAAUGCAAUGACGAUUGAUAAGAAUAGCUGGGGUCAUCGACAGAAUGCCAAGCUGGAAGAUUUUCUCACCUCGGCCGAGCUGAUUGCGGAGGUUGCCAUCACCGUUAGCUGUGGUGGCAAUAUUCUGAUCAACGUAGGUCCCACCAAGUACGGCACGAUCGAUCCGAUCUUUGUGGAACGUUUGACCGAUAUGGGAAGGUGGCUCAAAACUAACGGGGAUGCUAUCUACAAGAGUAGGCCAUGGACUCACCAGAACGAUACAAUUACUUCCAAUAUUUGGUACACCUCGAAACCCGUGAAAGCGGUGGGCGAAACAGGGAGCUUUACCAAUCUGUAUGCUAUCGUUCUGAACUACCCAUUCAAGACCAACAGUGUAGUGUUGGGUGCCUUGGAUAAACAUUAUACAAAGAUAAACCAAAUCACCAUGCUGGGAUUCAAUACGAGCUUGAAGUGGAAACCGACGGAAAAUGGUAUUUUAGUGGAAUUCCCGUCCAAGAACGAAAUCGAUCGGCUGCAGCUCAGAUUUGCUUGGACGUUGAAAAUUGUGCUUUCUUCGUAGGAGCGGUGGCAACAGAAUUGUACACUAAGAUAGUUGCAUUAGCAUAACCUCAACUGAUUAGCUAAAUCUAUUUGAAUAAAAUUGAUGAAUGUAAGUUUCACGACAGAAGUUUAUACCGUGGGUAGAUGGAAUGUGACACAUUCAACUCCUAUUCGUUUUGUUUAGCUUGAUGAUAAGAAAGCAGGUUUUCAACUGCAUCUCACGAUGAUAUAAUAAUGCAUUCGUGAUGGUUUGAAACUCGUAAAAUAGGUUAUUACUGCUGUUUGGAAGAUGGUAGCGAUGAUACAGCUAAUUUGCAUAAUGCUUUUCACCAGGUCUCUGAGUUUAAAAUGGAAUCGUCUUGGAACGAUGUAACAAGCGGUGUGUUCACCGGCCGAGCUUUGUUCGCCACUAAUUUGUUCGAAAAUUUGCUGAAAAGCUCCAGUAGUGAUUAAUUUACUUAUUUAAUAUGUCUG